GGGCUAAUUGCUUUGAAGAAAGGUACACAACUAAUAAAGUAUAGCCGGAAGGGGAAGCCUAAGUUCUGCCCUUUCAGAGUUUCUCCGGAUGAAACAACGUUAAUUUGGUACUCUCGUGGAGCAGAAAGGAAUUUAAAGCUAUCUUCAGUUUCAAAAAUUAUUCCUGGCCAGAGAACUCCUGUUUUUAAAAGAUAUUUGCGUCCAGAGAAGGAGUACUUGUCAUUUUCCCUUAUAUACAAUAAUGGUGAAAGAUCUCUAGAUCUGAUUUGCAAGGAUAAAAUUGAAGCAGAGAUUUGGAUUGCUGGUCUAAAGAAUUUAAUUUCAGCUGGCCAAGCUCGUAAUAGUAGACGUACUCAGAGUGAUAUUUCUGAUUUACAAAAUACCCAUCCAUGUGGUUCAACAUUAGAUUUCAGCCAAACUAUUGCUCGGGAUUGGACAUCUGCUGAUCACUAUAGUGGUGAAACUUCCUUGAGUGUUCGAAGCUCAGAUGUGGGGUCUGAACGUGGAAAUAUGCAAGUAAGAACAAGUUCGGAUGGUUUCCGUAUUAGUGUCUCUAGCACUCCAAGUUGUUCGAGUGGGGGUUCCGGGCCAGAUGACAUAGAAUCAUUAGGUGAUGUUUAUGUGUGGGGGGAAAUUUGGUGUGAUGGAGUGUCAAAAGAUGGAGCCGGGAAUCCAAUUACCAUUAAACAUGAUGUACUUAGUCCUAAACCUUUGGAGUCGAACGUGGUUCUUGAUGUUCAUCAAAUUGCUUGUGGGGUACGACACAUUGCUCUUGUUACAAGGCAAGGAGAGGUUUUCACUUGGGGAGAAGAGUCUGGUGGCAGGCUAGGUCAUGGAAUUGAAAAGGAUUUUAGUCGCCCUCGGCUUGUUGAAUUUCUGGCUGUUACAAACGUCGAUUUUGUUUCAUGUGGCGAGUAUCAUACCUGUGCUGUGUCUACAUUGGGUGAUUUAUAUACUUGGGGAGAUGGAACUCACAAUGCUGGACUUCUUGGGCAUGGCAAUGAUGUUAGCCAUUGGAUUCCUAAAAGAGUUUCCGGUCCUCUUGAAGGGCUUCAAGUUUUAUCAGUUGCGUGUGGCACGUGGCAUUCAGCUUUGGCAACUGCAAAUGGAAAACUAUUCACAUUUGGGGAUGGAUCAUUUGGAGUUUUAGGUCAUGGCGAUCGUGAAAGUGUACUGUAUCCCAAGGAAGUUCAAUCGUUGAACGGACUCAAGACGAUUAAAGUUGCGUGUGGUGUGUGGCACACGGCUGCUAUUGUGGAAGUCACAAACCAUAACUGUGGAAAUGUGCCCACUAGAAAGUUAUUCACUUGGGGAGAUGGUGAUAAGAAUAGAUUAGGUCAUGGAAAUAAGGAAACUUAUCUGCUUCCGACUUGUGUCUCUGCAAUUAUCGAUUACAACUUCCAUCAGUUAGCAUGCGGACAUAAUAUAACCGUUGGUCUUACCACAUCCGGUCAUGUCUUUAUCAUGGGAAGCAAUGCAUAUGGUCAGCUAGGCAAUCCACAGGCCGAUGGAAAGGUCCCGUCCCUUGUACAAGAUAAAUUGGUAGGUGAAUUCGUCGAAGAAAUAGUAUGUGGUGCAUUCCAUGUUGCUGUCCUUACAUCAAGAAGUGAAGUCUUUACGUGGGGAAAAGGCGCUAACGGAAGGUUAGGUCAUGGUGAUACAGAAGAUCGGAACGCUCCAACAUUAGUUGAGGCCUUAAAAGACAGGCAUGUGAAGAACAUAGCAUGUGGCUCUAAUUACACUGCUAGUAUUUGCAUUCAUAAGUGGGUAUCAGGAGCAGAUCAAUCUGUUUGCUCAGGUUGUCGACAAGCAUUUGGAUUUACUCGAAAGAGGCAUAACUGUUAUAAUUGUGGACUAGUUCAUUGUCAUGCUUGCAGUUCAAAAAAAGCACUCAAAGCUGCACUUGCUCCGACACCAGGAAAACCACAUCGCGUUUGUGAAUCUUGCUACAUGAAAUUGAAAAAGGCUUCCGAAGGAAGUUCCUCAUUUUAUGAUAAGAAAUUUAACUCCUCUCAUCGACCAGAGAAUAGUAAGUUAGACAGAGGCGAGCCAAAAACAUCACGGGUUUUGCUCUCACCCACUGUAGAACCGAUUAAGUACCUUGAAGUUAAGUCUACUAGGCCUGGCAUCAAAUCAGAUUCUCUAAGUAUAGUGAGAGCUUCACAAGUUCCAUCACUUUUGCAAUUAAAAGAUAUCGCUUUUCCAAGUUCACUUAGCGCUCUUCAACAUGCGUUGAAGCCUGUUGUGACCGCGCAACCUCAGCCUCAAUCUCACUCUCAAUCGCAAUCUCAAUCUCAACCUCCUUCAUCCAACUCUAGACCUGCUUCACCGUACUCUAGAAGACCAAGUCCUCCGCGCUCCCCCGCUCCUGUUUUUUCAAGGGGUGUAAUCGAUAGUCUUAGAAAGACAAAUGAUGUAUUACACCAAGAAGUUGCCAAAUUGCAAAACCAGAUCAAAAGUUUAAAGCAGAAAAGUGAUGGACAAGAUGCUGAAAUCAAAAAAUUGAAGGAAAGUUCUCAAGAAUCAUCUAGGUUGGUUGCAGAGAGAGCAUCAAAGUGUAAUAUCGCGGUGGAAACCAUGAAGUCUAUUACUGCUCAAUUGAAAGAAAUGACACAAGAACUACCUCCUGAUAUCUCUGAGAGUUCAGCCCUGAAAUCCAUACAAACUCAGGUUGAAUCUUUUCUUAAUACAUUCGGAAACCAAGCAUCUGAAGACAACACUUCUCUGUCAUCCGAUAUGUCUUAUAAUCAACAGAAGCCAACACAUAGAAAUAAUCUAUCUUCUGAGUCUGUCAUUAGAAAUGAUCAAUGGGAUGCUGCUGGAGUUCAAGAAACAUCACAUAAUGUUGAUGGAACUAUACGUGAAAAUCACGGACAAUCAGCUUCAGAAACAAGAGGUGUACAUCAAUCAAGCGCGGAAAGUGUCUCAGGGUCACCUAAAGCUCAAAGAGAGGGACAAAAGGAAGUUAUUGAACAAUUUGAACCGGGCGUCUACGUUACUCUACUUCAACUUACAAAUGGCACCAAGAUCUUCAAGCGCGUUAGGUUCAGUAAACGGAGGUUCGCGGAGCAACAAGCAGAAGAAUGGUGGAAGGAAAACAAAGAUAGGCUACUGAAAAAAUACAGCCCUCCAAAGACAAACGUCGCGUCUGCUGAUUCAUCAUUUCCUCCUCCACCAGCAACAGAGGAAAAUAGUGAAACAUCACAGGCUACAUAGACUUGACUGCUAAUUUUGUUAGCUUAGUGUUAUUAGCAGCAGAAGCAGGUAUAACAUUUAGAUUUAGUGAGUUUGAAGUGGAUACAUUUUAUGCCUUUUAACUCUUUUGAGAAACUAGAUAUUUGAUAUGAGCAAAAGAGCAAUGUGAAUGCUAUUUAUGCAAAAAAUGUACAUGUAGGACUUGCUUUUGACAGAAGGUAAGAAAGGAAAAAGAAAAUAAGUAUUGUUAGAUAGAAGUCAGAAUGUUGUUUAAGGAAGAAUGGGAAAUGAUUAAGUAUUUUCUUGCACACAUGUAAUGUAGCAAAGAAGGAGUGGUCAGAUGUAUGAUAUUUUAAUUUUUGUAGAAUUUAA